AUGCCUGUGUCCGACAGCCCAGCAGGAGCAGCAGGCGGCGGACCAGGGGGAGGGUCCGACUCCUCCCAGCCCCGCUUCUCCUCCUCGCUGCCCACCUACCUCCCCGUCCAAUGCCAGCUAAGUGGUGCUGACUCCGCCUUCUUCCUGCGGGAAGCCAAUCAGGAGGUGAUGCGAAACGGCAGCCUGUCCUCGCGGACCGAGCCCUUCUUCCUCCACCAGCUGGAGCCGGGCCUCGCCGCCCCGCACGCCCUGCCCAGCGUCAACUGCAGCUACGGGAACCUGAGCAUCGAGCAGCCAAUCCCAGUGGAGCUGCUGCAGGGUCCACCGCAGCACGUGCUGCCGUCGACCAACCAGGUGACCCUGAACUGGAAGGUCAAAGGUCAAGUUGUGGUGCCCAGAGUCGGGUCAACACGCCCCUGGAUACAGGUUCUGUUUUACUUAGUCGGGCGGCGCUGGGAUGAGCCUGACCCGCCUCCUCCAUCCCUCCUGCCAUGUGUCAGAGCUGUGGCCGUCCGGGACACCAGCGAAGCAGCACCAUCGGCUGGCUGCCGACUCGUGGGACCAUCUGGCAUCUGUGUUGUACGUCUGGAGAUUCCCCCAGCUUGGUUUACACCACCGCAAGUGAGAAAGAGACCCUCUGAGGUGACUCUACCAUCAGUGGAUGUGUAUUACUCGAUCUUACCACUAGAAGGGGCUGAUCAAGAGUGUCCCUUCAUCGUUAACGAGCCAUGGAGAAGCCCAAGUGCCAACGUUGGGCCUCUCGGAGGCCUGGGCAUGGGCCUUGGGGGGCAGUGGAGCCCCCUAGUGGAGGGGGGUCUUCAAGACAUGUUGAAAGCUGGUUCGGUUGUAAUGACCACGGGCCCGGUUUCUGCCAAGGGACAAAGACUGAGACUGGAUGAAAACGUGGAGGUUCUGGUGCCACCCAGCCCGGUUCGGCUCGGCAAGACGGUGGCGUUCGGUGUCUACAUGAAGACAGAGUCCCACAUGGAGCAGUUCACACUGAGGGUGUGGUUCCAGUCAGGCAUCAACUUCCUGGCUGUGAAACCCAGCAACCUUGUCGCGUGGGAGAUCAAACAGGAAAUGGCGCCGGGAAGCAGUUCGUUGGCGGUGAUGUGUCAGAGGAAGGCCUCUUCCACAGCAGAGAGAUUGGAGAGUCCAUCCUACGAGGUGAUGCAGCUGUUCUUUGAGGUGGACAACGUGAUCAACCUGGUGCCGACCCAGACUCUCCACUGGAACGUGGAGUACCCAGCCGGCUCCCAGACCACUUCCAGGCAAACGGAGAAAGUGUCACACCUCUACAUCAGCAACGCUGACAUACAGGGCAUCGUGCCGCUGGCUGAGGACACAGAGGUGGUGAACACAGCCAUUCUUACUGGUCGACGCAUCACCAUGCCCAUCAAACUGGUAACUGUGGAAACUGACGGGCAGGUGAGGGAGGUGGACGACUCGGUCACCUGCAGCUCGACAGACGUGGACGUGCUCAAGGUGUCUCCGAACUGCGACGAGGUCUUUGUGAACGGUAAAGAGAUGCGUGGCCGUCAGUCGUUGGCGGUGAACUUCACCUACCUGCACCUGUCUGCUCAGCUGCAGCUGGACGUCUGGGUUCCCAAGCUGCCUCUGCAGAUCGAUGUGUCCGACACCGAGCUGAGCCAGGUCAAAGGCUGGAGGGUCCCAAUCAUCACCAACAAGAGACCAACCAGAGACAGUGAUGAUGAUGAGGACGACGAGAGGAAGGGCAAAGGUUGCACCCUACAGUACCAGUACGCCUUGGUGCGCGUCCUCACCCACUUUGUGGCAGAGCCCUCUGAUCCAGGAGGGGAGAUGGUUUACAUGUUGGGAGCAGACUGGCAAGCUGAUAUCACCAACUUGGUGCUGGAACAGCUAAAGGUGGAAGAUCCUCGUAUUGCCAGACUGAUCGAUGGACGCAUUUUGAUAGGGCGGGACUUGGGGAUCACCACUAUACAGGUUCUGUCCCCGCUGUCUGACUCCAUCCUCGCAGAGAAGACUGUGACCGUGUUGGAUGACAAGGUCACCAUCACAGACCUGGGAGUCCAGCUGGUUGCAUCUCUGUCCCUCGGUAUGACAGCAAGUCCUGGAAAUUAUCAGGCAAUCCAGCUCACGACCACAGCCACAGACCUGCUCCACACACCUAAACAGGAAGCUGUGGUCAGCGCGUGGAUCCAGUACAGUGACGGUUCAGUUACACCACUUGAUAUCUAUGACUCCAAGGACUUCCUCCUCUCAGCUGUCUCAUUGGACGAGAGAGUCAUCUCCAUAACCAAUCAGGAACAGCACUGGCCCAUCGUGGUGGCGGAAGGCGACGGACAAGGGCCACUGGUUCGUGUGGAGAUGGUCAUUUCUGAGACCUGUCAGAAGUCCAAAAGGAAGAGCGUCUUGGCAUCAGGGAUUGGCAACGUGUUGGUGAAGUUUGGGUCAAAGAGUGAGGACAGGGGUGAGAUGGGAAGAGGAGCCCAGGAGGACGGAGGAGGGAUGGACAACAGCACCAGCGAGCACCGGACAAAGGACGGAGGAGACUGGAAGUCCAACGGUGCAGCAGUGGAUCGAGAGGAGGGAGCCAUGAGGAAGGUGAGCACAACCACCAAGAGCACAGUGAUCCAUCGUGUUUCAGGUGGUAAAGCCGCCAGCGGAGGAAGCAGCAGCAGCCGAGGCAGCGGUCCGAACCAAGCCGUGGACCACAGCACCUACCCAGCACAGGUGGAAGUGCCAGGGGGGGGGGACAGUGAGCUGAGCCACACCACCAGAGGCCUGUCUGACCUGGAGAUUGGGAUGUAUGCCCUACUGGGAGUGUUCUGUCUGGCAAUACUGGUCUUUCUCAUUAACUGUGUCAGCUUUGCUUUCAGAUAUCGUCACAAGCAAGUCCCUGUUCUGGAGACAGGAGGCAACAUGAACCACGCCCAUGACUGGGUGUGGCUUGGCAACGAGGCUGACCUUUUAGCUGCCCACCCGGACCAGUGCCAGGGUGGGCUGCCAGAUGAGUGCACCACCAUUAUUGACCGGAACGAAGGAGGAUAUGAGGAGAGCAAGUAUCUGCUGAACGGUGCCGGCAACACCUUGGUGAUGGGCGUGGGCACAGGCAUGGGCACUAUUAGCAGGAGUGGUGGCACAGGUGGACACCGGGGCAUCGCCCACGGACAAACCUUACCCCGAUCUGUCCCGGAGCCACAUCAGUGCCUUUCAGCAAUCACUACCGGGGGCAAGGAUGCCACUGGCCACGCGGAGCACCUGAAUAAUUCACCCAGAGCCACGGCAGCAGCUGCAGUCGCGGCUGCCAAACGCAAACGCGUCAAGUUCACAUCUUUCGCCACAGUUCUGCCCAAUGAUAAUUCGGGCGGGGGUGGCCCUUACACCAACUCCUCAGUCCUGAUGACCAACGGGAGCGAGGAUGACAUCAAGUGGGUGUGUCAGGAUAUGGACCUGGGUCAGUCUGAAAUCAGAACCUACAUGGAGAGGCUACAAGACAAUCUGUGACCGAUGGGAAAGACUCUGUGGAAUGGAGGGGCAUAGGAUGAAUGCAGGCGGGGGGGAGGGGGGGAGGAAGGACAAUGAGUACAAUUCACCUGUAAUGCCUUUGCAAUGGAUGAAGGGAGGAAGGAUGGGAUGAACAAGUAGAAGGAACACAAAGUGUGGCGAGGAUUAUUGAACAGAGUGCAGGGGGUGCUUAGCUUCAGCUCCCCUGGGGCUAUGAGAAACAUACUGUCAUCACUAGCUUACACUGAAAUCAAUGGUAGCAAACAAUAAAUAACAUUCAGAAUUCAUUUGAUAUUAUUUAUUGUGAAAGUAUUAGUGUAAAAUCAAUAAUUACUCCACUAUUGGUUAUGAAUGUUAAUUUUCAGAAUAACAGUAAACCAUUGUGCUAUACAGUCAAUUCAGGGUAUGUUGCAGGAUAAACAUUAUGAAGCCACUAUAGAUAAAAAAAAAAAAAGGGGACAAGAACUUCCAUCGUCGGUCUUUUUUACUCACGUGGUAUAUUGCCAACAUUGACUGUGGCUGUUGAUUAAUUAUUGAGAGAUCUAGUUUUAAUAUACAAACGUGUCAUUUACCUGCUGAUGCUGUUGAAACUCGUACAUUAUGAAUCACUGAUGUGCAGCAAAGAUACAGUCUGUUCUUGUUCUAUUAUGUGACCCAUCUCCUUUUUCGCAUUGCUCAUAAGUAAAAAAAUGUAAUGUGUAAAAAAAAAUAUAUAUAUAUAUCCCAAGUACUCAACUACAAAUUCAGGCACUUUGCAGUCACCAGUGGGAGUUGCCAUUCGGCGCUGUGUUCGGGCAAUCUCGCUUCUUUCCCCCCCCAAACGGUUCGUGCCAAGAGUUGGAAAAUGAAAUGUCACACAAAAGACUGUUUCUCCCUUGGAUCCAAGACAGAGGCAUUUAAUCUUGCACAAUUCCGAACAGGAAAGGACAUUAGCCAUAUUUGAGGCUCUCCAACUGUAUUCAGAAGCAGUCCAGUCGUCCCCUGGCCCCCCCCUCUGUGUCUGUGACUGGACAGCAGCAGAAACUUUAUGAACUAAAGUGCACAGUGAAAUACUGUGAAACAACGUCUAUAAACUAGAAAUGGGACAGACUGAGGUGUCUCCUAUAAAAAAAAGGAGUUGCUUGGGGUUUGCAAAGCCCUGAAUGACAAUAUAAUACAAAUGAGAAUGGAGUGACACUUUUCAACAUCUAACUGAUAGACAUGUGUUCAUGAAAACAUGUUUGUUCUUUCUGAACUCUAUUAUAUAGAUGUCCCCCCCCCCCCCUUUGUUCUUUUCUUUAAAAUAGAAUGUUUUUUAUUAUGUAUUUCCUCAUUAUUUAAUUCCUUAGUUGGGUGGAUAUUAAUUGUAGCUUUUUAUUUCAGAGGUUUAUUAAGAUUUUAAGGAUAUAUGAUUGUUUUUUUUCUUCUUCUAGAGAUCUAUUUAUUUAAAUUAACAAUUGAGAGGGUGAGGAAGGGAAGAAAAGCCAAAGGGCAAAGGUUGAAAACGAUAGAGUUGCUGGCGAAUGAUAGCACACACUGACAGAGACUACGUGAAAGGACGGAGAGAGAACAGGCCGAGGUCGCCUCACCUUCGUUAAGCUCAGGUGAAGAGUCAUAAAGAACCGACAAUAAAAAAAAAAAGGAGAACUGUAAGAUUGUCAAGAUUGCAAUAUUUAUUUAUAGUUGUGUUGCUGUUUCAGAGUACACUGUAUGUUGUAAAUAAAUAAACAUGCUUCAAAGUGCUUGUGAAUAAGAUUGCAGGUCACUAGCCGACAACAUGGUGAUAUUUGUACAUUUUAGGGUGCAAAUAUGGUACACAAUACUAUCUACCACCACAAUGUGAAAGUGAUUAUUAUUGGUUCCUAUUGGUUCCUUUUUCUAAAGAUGUUCCUGUCUUUGUUUAAAGUAUUGGAUGAGCUCUUGUUUUUGUACAGGGUAUAGGAAUCAGUUCACCUCCCAAAAUGAGAUGUAAAACUGGAGGCAAUCCAUCAUGUAUCACAACUCAGAAGUGCUUGAGGACGGUGAGUCGGAGAGAUCCAUUUCAGAGAAAAAAACAAAUCAAAAGUUUGGAAGUUUCCUGGUGGGCUAGUCCAAGGGAAAUCAGAGGCAUCGUCUGGAUUACUGCCGAAACCAAGCAUCUCUUUUUUCAAUCACGUGUCUAACGAGAAACAUAGGGAACGUGCACAUUGAUAUCACAACCAAAACAGUUGGGUCUGAAACAGAAAGAAGAAAAUAUGGAAGGAAAAAAAGAGCUCGGAUAGAUGAGAGGUAAAACACCCGAGCCGAGUCCAAAUGGAGGAACUAAACAGGCUGUGUAGCCUCCACCAAAGCAAUAGAUAUUUUUGACGAUUGAUUGCGACCAUACUGUUUGUUUAGGACAUAUACACAUUGCUCUGCUGUGAACCAGGAGCUCAAACCGGUACAAGUUCAAACGUUGCUUGAGAUAAACGUGUAGCAAUGUUUUUAAGAUGCAUAUAACUGAGUUAAAUCAUACUCAACGGUCUACGUGAGACUUAUUCUACCUGGAAAGUUCCGGAAAUAUUACAACAUUGGUUUUGAGAGAAUCUUAAGGGGAUGUUUUGGCUUUAAUUUGAUAAAAGGGAAAGACACAUCUACCAUGUGCAUGCAUUUUGGAAAGUGCUGCAAAUUCCUGCGUUCUUCAGGGACUACAGCUGAACUUUGGCACCAUUCCCGAGAGGAAUUAUUUCAAAAGCAUAAAUAUUUGGCAUCUUUGCAUCUGUUAGAGUGUUAUGCAUAAAGGACAGCUGUUAGCAACGAAAGGGUAGAACAUUGGUAUUAUUAAUUUAUAACAUUUAGUGGAUUAUUUCCAAUAAAGACGUACAGAGAUUUUUUAUUAACUAUGCUCUCAAGAACAUUAAAAAACUAAUUUAACUCAAAACAGUUUGAUAGGAACAUGAGCCUGAUGAGAAGGCUUCACAUCUGGAUGCACCUCAUCCUUGUAUUGUGUUUCUCAGCUGUUGUAUCUAAUCUAAUAUGAUGCUGUCUUAUUUUUCUGAGAGAAACAAUGAAGCCUAAUUUUCAGAGGAAGGUUUUAGAUUAGCUGCUGUAGAUGUCUCCUCAAACACAACACACUGCAAUAACACGCCAGUGAAUUAUACGUUUUCUGGGAACCACAAUUGAUCUGUAUUCUGUAAAAUACAUGUCUAAAAAUACUUGUUUUCAGACCAGUGCUGUAACAUCCAAUGGGGGAAAACAAAAUCUUAUUUUGAAAAAUAUUCCUCUUGGAUGAAACCAACGCACAGCUGUGGUUCACCAAACAGGAAAGCAAUAAAAAUGUUACUUCUACAGCGGAGACAACAAGUCAAAUGUAUAUUCUCUUAAGCAUUAUUGUGUUCAGCUGUUGUGUGGUUACAUUGAGGGGUACACAUGAGCAGCAACUGACUGGCUACAGGUAGAAUAGGUGCUAGCAGACACGAGCCCUGAAAGUUAUUUGUUUAAUUCUUUUGUUUCUUUUUGCUAUUGUCAUUGUUUAAACAUGGUUCUUGGAGGCCAAUAAAGAUCCAUAACCAAAAUGUGA